AUGGAUAACUCAAAACAAGAGAAAUUAGAUCUGAAUAUGUAUGAUCAAGUUUGGUCUUCUAGUGACUUAAAUCCUGAUCGUCUUACUUCGGAACUCAAUAAAAUCUUCACUUAUAAUCAGGCUGAAACUAAUUAUCGUAAUACAAGUGAUAAAUACUAUGACUUUAAUGAAGAAUAUGCCAAAUCAUUGGCAACGUCAGCAGCAUAUAAAAGCUCAGCUAGUAUCGUUGGAAUUGCAUCAGGAAGUAUGGAGAUAUCUGCAUCAGUUAAUAUGGCUGAAUCGGGUGCUACCGGAAAAACAACGCAUGAUGUUAUCUCUUUGGCAGAUAUUAAAAAAUAUCUUGAUCAGAAGUCGAUAGAAACUGAAUGGAAAGGAGAAAAGAUUAUACCAAAAUCAUUUCAAGUUUAUAAACUGACAGAUAUCACUGACAAUCUACAAGUUGCUCUAAUGGCAAUAGAAUUGAUAGCUGAGAAAACGCAUAAUGCAAUGAUACGAACAAUCAGCACAUUAAACCUGCCUCCAACAUUCGGUGGAUUGAUACAAGCAAGCGUCGUUCAAUCAUCUACAUGUAUGAUAGGUGAAAUUCGAUUAUAUUCAGCUGACACUCAUCCCCCUUAUCCUUGGCUUAUCUGUAAUGGAACUGCAAUUUCACGUGUUGAAUAUCAACGACUCUUUUCUGUUAUCGGUGAAUCAUUCGGAGCUGGCGAUCGGAAAACAACGUUUAAUGUGCCUGACUUUCGCGACCGUUUUCCACUAGGUCUCAAUCCAAUCGGAAAUCGAGUAGGCAGCUGGGGAAAAGGAGGAAAUAAAGAACAGACACUCACAAUUGAUCAAAUGCCUACUCAUCACCAUAGUGCUGGUACACUAAACACUACCGAUGCAGGCAGGCAUAAACAUACGGUCAAUGAUCCAGGCCAUAAUCAUGGGGGUCAAACGGGAGAAUUCACACGUGAAUACAGCGUCUACCAUGACGAUCACUUCGGAAGGGGCGACCGGGGUGCAUCGUGGGGUAUGCGCAAUGUAACCCAUAGACACCAUAUUCCGGUAGGAGGAACUGGAAUAACCCUCGACAAUGAUGGCACUCAUCUUCAUUCAAUUGGAGGAUCAACAGAUUCGGUUGGUCGUGGUAAUUCAUUCAGUAUAAUGCCACCUUAUCAGACAAUUGCUUAUAUCAUUUUCACUGGAGCGGAUUGUGCUUGA